ACUACAGACCAUCUGCUCUUCGCCCCUCCUCUUCUCAUAAGUCAGACUGGGAAUUUUACGCUUUCUGCCGACGUUCAGCCUGGGACUGAUAUGGCGAACAAAAUAUGUCUAGUCUGCAAGAAGCGCCCAAAACGGGACAAGUACCAGUUCUGUUCGGAACGCUGUCACGGACAUGGCUGCAAAGAGAGCACCACAACUCCUUCGAGUUCCCAAGGACCAUGUUAUAUACAAAGAUGUUGCGACCUCAUUUGGCGAAAACUGGGACUGGAAUAAGGGACUUCGCCCAUCGAAUCUACCUGAUUACGUGGUCACCAAGCCUCCGAAAGUCUUUUGACGACUAUCGGGAGAACAUCGCUCGCACGAUCAAAGGCAACAAGAAACCCAAAAAAGUCAAGCGCUUUCGCUGUGAGUACACCACAGUGCUGCCUCUGUAGAGCCAUCGAGACGGGUUUCAGAAAGACUCUCGACAACAAGCGCCUCAUGCAAGGACUGUCAUGAGUCGUAGAUAUCAGUAUAGAUAUCCUAUUCGACGGGCU